AUGUCAUCAGAGGAAAAGAUUCUGGAACCCUCUGAAAAAACACCCUCUCCGCCCCCCAGCAGCUCCGGAACCACGCCCACAGGAAGUCCAGCUCCCACGGAUAGACGGCCUCGGGGCAGGCCCCGAAAGGAUGCUGUCACCCUGGCUGUUCCACCUCCGCCUACACCGAAACCUAAAAAGAAGAGUCGUGGCAGAGGUAGAGGUGCAGUGGAUGGCGAGGACAGUGUUGAUGGAAUGGAGACAGUAGCAGAGUCAGGCGGCACACAGGAAACAGACACUAAAGAGCAGCAGGAACAGAGUGAGGGAACUGCAGCAGUGGGGGUUUCUGGAGAGGAAGAGGAGAAGCCUUCAUCCCCACACCUCUCGAGCAUUCAGACAGAAGAGACGGAGGAGUCAUCGUCAUCAGCUCCUGGAGAAGCCAAAAGCAGUGAGCGGCUCUGUGCAUUCUGUAACUGUGGAGGCAGGAGCCUGUUAGGCCAGGGAGAUCUGAGGGCAUUCGAGGCCACGCCCGUGCACAUCCGCCCAGCCGACCAUAAGCAGAGCACAAGAAACAGCCAGGCCGACCGUGACCAUGGCGACAAGAGCGGGAAUGGCAAUGAGUCUGAGAGACACAAGGGCCCAGAGAGCGCUGAGGAUUCGGGAGGCCGUUUUUUGGACGAGCUGCAUCACGUUGGCUUGCCUGACGACGUGGACGUCCAGUCUCUCUUCGACACGUCAGGGCUGUGUUGGGCACACCAAAAGUGUGCACUUUGGUCACAGGGUGUUUGUCAGGCGGAGGACCAAUCAUUGCUCAAUGUGGACAGAGCCAUCCACUCAGGGAGCACAAAGUAUUGUGCAUAUUGUAAGCGCCUUGGAGCAUCCAUCAAGUGCUGUGAGGAGGGGUGUGAUCGGCUGUACCAUUACCCAUGCGCGGGGGCUGCCGGCACCUUUCAGGAUUUCAGGAAGCUCUCCCUCUUGUGCACUGAGCACAUUGAGCUAGCCGUUGACAAAUCUGAAGAGGAGGCCAACUGUGCGUUGUGUGACAGUCCUGGUGAGCUUCAGGACCAGUUUUUCUGUACCAGCUGUGGGCAGCACUACCACGGCAUGUGUCUGGACAUUACCGUAACCCCGCUGAAAAGGGCUGGCUGGCAGUGUCCCGAAUGCAAAGUCUGCCAGACGUGCAAAAACCCUGGCGAGGACACAAAGAUGUUAGUCUGUGAUGUGUGUGACAAGGGCUAUCACACAUUCUGCCUCCAGCCAGUAAUGGACACCAUCCCCACCAAUGGCUGGAGGUGUAAGAACUGUCGAGUAUGCAUUCAGUGUGGUGCUCGCAGUAGUGGGCUCUGGCACCAGAACAGUCUGCUGUGUGACGGUUGUGCGGGGAACCAGGUUUCUACACUGACCUGCAGUGCGUGUGCCAACGGGAUAGAUCCAGAACACAGCUCAGACCUGCUCUGUUGCCACCGCUGCAAAAGGUGUUUCCAUCUGCAGUGCGAGCGGCAAGUAGAGGGGCAAGAAGACGUCCAGCCAGGAGAGGAUUUUGUCUGUUCCAUCUGCAAACACGCUUACCCAGAAUCAGGUCAGACGCCCGUGGCUCCGGAGCCGGGUGAAGAGACAGUUCAGGGCCGUGAGAACACAGAAGGAGACUCUGGAGAGCCUGUUCAGUCACACAUGGACUCUGAGCCUUACCAAGCAGACUCAGAAGUGGAGCUUGUUGAAGCAGUUAGUGAGGUGGAAUUGGAAAAGUCGGACGCAGCAGUGGAGAAAGCAUCUGUAUGUGUUGAUGCCAGUGUAGAGAGAGUUGGCCAAGAUAUCAGCGAGCCUUUAGGCAGCGGAGUGACACGAGAAAGCACACCUGUACCAAGACCUGCUCAGGAGAUUAAGCCAGACAAGACUGAGAGUGAAGAACGUGCUCAGCAGUCCGAAGAACCGGAUUCUGAGCAGCUAGCAGCAUCUACAGAGGCUGAACAGGCCCAAAGGACCCCAGAGCUCCUUAAACAUCCAGACUCAAAAACUCCUCCUUCUGAUGAGGAACUCAAACCCUGCCCAGAGGAGCAGAAAGUUCCAUCCCAAACCAAAGAGCCAACUGCAGCCUCUGAGGAGGAGCCCAUGGAUGUAUGUCCUGCAGAAGAAGUUUCUGGAACAAUUAUGGAGACUGAGGCAAGUGCUGCUAAGACUAUGCCAAAGGUAGAGGAGAAGGGGCAGAGUUUGGACCUUGUGGUGCAGCAGCGCAAGGAGUCAGUUGUUAGCCCCUCUGAGGAGGUGGACAGUAUAGUUGAUGGUGGGCGUAGCCUGGCCAAACUCAGCCUGUUGGUAGAGGAGAAGACCACAUUGAAACCAUCUCAGUGUUGGCAGCCAGAAGGAUCCUCUUCCCCUGCCCAGUCAUCAUUUAAUCAAGGGACCUCACCCAAGGAACCUUCCCAAGCCCAACCAAGCUCUACCCUGGGUGAACUCAACAGCAAUGUGCCUUCGGCCACCUUCAUCCCGCUGACUCCUAAAAUUGGCAUGGGAAAGCCAGCCAUCUCCAAAAGGAAGUUCUCUCCUGGAAGGCCCAGAGUGAAGCAUGGAGCAUGGAGUGCCUCUAGGAGAAUACGUUCCCCUUCACAGUCCCCCGAACAGGCGGAGGGCUGGGACGCCCCAAAGACCAGGCAGCCCCCCAGUACAGCCGGCUGGAGCAUUCGAGUGGGUCGAGGCUCUGGCUUUCCCGGCAGGAGGCGGCCCAGGGGGGCUGGUCUGUCAGGCAGGGGAGGGCGUGGUCGCUCCAGGAUGAAGAAUGGAGUCAGUCCAGUUCCAGCGCCAGCAGUAAACUCAAUGGAAACACUGUAUCCAUUCAGGGAAGAGGAGGAGAAUGCCAUGCACAAUACAUUGGUCCUCUUCUCUAGUACUGACACAUUCACAAUGAAACAGGACAUGUGUGUGGUGUGUGGGAGCUUUGGGCAGGGUGUGGAAGGACGCCUGUUAGCCUGUGCUCAAUGCGGACAGUGUUACCACCCCUUCUGUGUCAACAUUAAGAUCACUAAGGUUGUACUGAGUAAAGGCUGGCGCUGUUUGGAGUGUACGGUGUGUGAGGCGUGUGGCCAGGCCACUGACCCCGGCCGCCUGCUGCUGUGUGACGAUUGUGACAUCAGCUACCACACCUACUGCCUGGACCCACCCCUACAGAACGUGCCCAAUGGCAGCUGGAAAUGCAAGUGGUGUGUGUCCUGUACUCAGUGUGGUGCCACCAGCCCAGGGCGGAGUUGUGAGUGGCAGAAUAAUUACACACAGUGUGCUCCUUGUUCCAGUCUGGCAAUGUGCCCGGUCUGCCAGCAGGACUACAACGAGGACGAACUCAUCCUACAGUGCGGCCAGUGUGACAGAUGGAUGCAUGCCUCCUGUCAGGGUUUCCACUCAGAGGAAGAAGUGGAGAAAGUGGCAGAUAACAGCUUUGACUGCAGCCUGUGCCAAGGCCAUUCCUCCCCAUCACAGAUGGCCAAGUUGGAUCUGGACACAACUGAGUCCUCAGUCCCAACACAGAUGGUCUCCAAAACAAAAGAUCUGGAUCUGUCGAGGACGUACACUCAGGACGGAGUGUGUCUGACCGAGUCAGGACUCUCUCAGCUCCAGAGCCUCGCUAACACUGCCACCCGCCGCAAAAGGCCCAAACCCAAACUCAAACUCAAGAUCAUCAACCAGAACAGCGUCGCCGUGUUACAGACCCCUCCCGACCCCCCCGCCGAGCUGUCCAGAGACAUGGAAGUGGAGGAUGCCAGAGAAGGGGAGCCUUUGGAAUGCGAGGGAAAGUCUGACUCGAGCCCAGAGCGAGAAACUGGGGCGGACGAUGACUCCAAAGGGGUGGACGGUGGCAAGAAAAGAAAACGGAAGCCAUAUCGGCCAGGUAUUGGCGGCUUCAUGGUUCGGCAGAGGAACCGGACAGGGCCAGGCAAAGCCAAACCAGCCCUGAGUAGGAAGGACUCCACAGGUUCAGUGUCUGAGACCCCACAGGGCAGGGAAGAGGGCUGGACUGACCCAACACCUGACACCCCAUUGGAUGAGAAGCCUCCAGCAUCAGAGUUUCCAGAACAUUCAGAAGUGAAAAUCAGGAAGCGUUACAGAAAGAAGAAGACCAAACUGGAGGAGGCCUUCCCUACAUACUUACAGGAGGCAUUUUUUGGGAAAGACCUGCUGGAUAAAAGCAAACAGAGCAGACAGGAAACAACAGGGCUUUUAGAGGACGAACGCACCCAGUCUGACAGGAAACAGCAUGGUGCCAACUUCCCGAACCCUUCUGCUGAUCCGGUCCUCAGCACAGAAGCAACAUCAUUGCCUGCUAAACCUGGAAGACCACGGAGUUCAGAGGAGCCUUUAGUGGACCUGUCCGAGGUGCUGAAAGCGGACACUGAGCUGCUGGGGAUGCUCUCAGGGAACAUGGGCAAGCAAAAUGAGGACUCUGGUCUUGAUUUUUGCCCUUUCCAGGUUGACUGCUCACCCUCUCCAUUUGCUGGACUGGAUAUUGCUCCUCUGUCAGAAGAGGGGUCUGCGAUGUCUUCACAGCCUCACUCAGGACGUGCUUCUCGACAGGCUCCAGAGGAACCACUGGAUGGCAUCUUGAGCCCUGAACUGGACAAGAUGGUCACUGAUGAAUCCAUUCUCAGCAAACUUUACAAAAUUCCAGAGCUGGAGGGCAAGGAUGUAGAGGAUCUCUUCACGGCUGUUCUAAGUCCCAGCGCCAGCCAACCGUCGCAGAUGCCCCAGCCGACCCAGGCAGUCCACCCCUUACACGGACCUUCUGGUCCUGGCAUGCCAUCCUCCAACCUCAACUCAGGAAUGUUUCCCCGGAUGCCAGUUAUGAAUGGUCUAAUGGAACCCAAUCGGCAGUUUCCUCCGUCUCAAAUGCCUGCUGGAGCUGGACCUGGCAUGACAGGAAACUUCCCUCCAGUACAGCGCAUGCCUUUUUCAGACAAUCCUAGGGAGAGGAAGUUCAAUCAGAUGGCAGGGGAAGCUGUUGGUCCAUGGACAGCCACCGGUGCUGCCCACAUGCCUGUGCCCACCCCUGUGCCUGAGGGGGAGGGGGACUCCAUGUCCAGUGCCCAGAAGAGUACUUUGAAAUGGGAGAAAGAGGAAACACUGGGAGACUUGGCAACUGUGGCACCCGUUCUCUACACUAAUGUCAACUUCCCAAACCUCAAAGAGGAAUACCCAGAUUGGUCAACAAGAGUCAAACAAAUUGCAAAAUUGUGGAGGAAAGCAAGUUCCCAGGACAGGGCUCCCUAUGUGCAAAAGGCCAGGGAUAACAGGGCAGCCCUUCGCAUCAACAAAGUCCAAAUGUCCAAUGAGUCCAUUAAGAGGCCGCAGCAGCCCCAGCAGCUUAUAGAUGUUUUUGACCCCAGCAUUCCACCUUUGGACACUGACCAACUCUUCAAAGACCCUCUGAAGCACAAAGAGUCAGAGCAUGAGCAGGAAUGGAAAUUGAGACAGCAAAUGAGACUGAAGAGUAAGCAGCAAGCAAAGAUAGAAGCAACUCAAAAGCUGGAGCAGGUUAAGAAUGAGCAGCUGCAACAGCAACAACAGCAGCACCGUACAGGAGGCCAGUCUGAGCUUGAGUCUUCCAGUAGUCUCCAAAGUCCAGGUUCUGCACAGCCGAACAACGGGAACACAUCUCCCAUGCAGCAGCCCACCUCUAAGAAUGGAUUCUCAAAGCCACAACUCUCUGGGACCCCUACAUCAGCGUCCCCUGAUGAUGUUUUCCUGCGCCCCCAACCUCCACCCACAUCAACAGGGUCUCAACCCCAGUCUCCCCAAAUGUUCUCUCCUAGCUCGUCUGGAUCUAGACCAUCCUCACCUUGGGAUCCAUAUGCCAAAAUGGUGGGAACACCCAGGCCACCACCUAUUGGGCCAAAUACUCCUCGCAGGAACUCAGAAUCAGGGAAGUCUCCUAGGGCUCAUUCAGAUGAGAGGAUGAAGCCGCCUUCUGCUCUUGAAGCUUUUGGGUCUCCAACAACCAUGAACAGUGACCCAUAUGCAAAGCCCCCUGACACCCCUAGGCCCUCAGGUCCUGCAGACCCCUUUCUGAAGCCCAUGGGUCCUCCCAGAGGCAGCCAAACUAUGGAAGGAAGGCAUCACAUGGGCUCCCCAGGGCAUGGCACAUUUUCCAGAUCAUCUAUGAGAAAAGAAGUUUUCCAGCAAAUGCCUCAGGGCAGGAUGAUUCUCUCAGACCCUUAUGCCCGUCCCCUGCUCACUCCUAUCCCAGGAAGUAAUGAGUCAGGCUCUGUACAGGUCUUUAAAGCCCCAAUGCCUCCCCAUCAAACUCAGGACUCAUAUCUAGGCACACAUUCACGACGAGCAAGUGGGGAUCCUUUUGACAGACCAGCACUGCCUCAGCGUCCUUCAGACGGAUUCUCACAGAAUCAACAAAGUGACCCUUAUGCACAGCCUCCACUCACUCCACGUCCUGCCAUGAGUGAUGGCUAUGUUAACCAAUCCAAGCUGGCACGUCCACCUCAGGGCCACCCAUUUGCUCAACCUGGACCGAUGGCUCGUCACCCUGCCAGUAAUCCAUAUUCUCAUGCCCCUUCCACACCAAGACCGGAAUACUCUCAAUGUGACCCAUAUUCCCAGCCUCCUGGAACCCCUAUGCCUAUGUCUAACCCCUGUGCUCGAAUUCCUGGGACACCUAGACCACAUGACCCAUAUCCUCAGUCAGUCAGCACUCAAAGCCCCUCCACUGAUCCUUAUUCUCAGCCACCUCUUACUCCACGGCCAGCUAUCAUGAACCAGCCUCCUCAACAUCCUCAGCAACAGCCUCCAAAUCGUAUUCUGUCCCCCUCUAUGUCAGCUGACCCUUAUGCACAGCCGCCUGGGACCCCACACCCUGGGAUGGCAGAGCGGUUUCCCAGAUCUCCUGGUCGACAAAGAAACCCGGAUCCUUAUGCCCUCCCCCCUGGAACCCCGAGACCAAUUGCAGCUGAGCCUCUCACCCCAUCAAUAGAAUCUCCACAGUCAUUGCUGAACGAUCCAUAUGCACACCCCCCAGGAACACCUCGACCUACAAGUACAGGUCAUGGGAUGAGGCAUGGGCUCAUGUCCAAUCAAGAUCCGUUCUCUCCACCCCAAGUCAGGAUUCAAGAUAGUUUUGCUAAUCCAACGGUCCACAGCUCUCAAACACCAAAACAUCUUGGGAUGUCAGAUGAAAAUGUUUCUCAGUCACCGUCCAGUCAUCCAAACCAAACCCCUGUCCAUGAUCCUUUUGAGCAGACUCCCAUGACUGCACACCACCAGACCACAGAAAACAGGGAAGAGACAGGUCUGAGAUCCACUUCCACAUCUGUGAGUAUGGGACAGCCCAAUAGCGCACAAAUGCCUGGAGCUCCCACUGAGGCCCAGACUGUCCCUCUGGCAGAGGCUGAGGAAAGACUCAGACAGCGGCAGCGUAUACGGGAGCUACUCCGUAGGCAACAUCAGGAAAAAAAUGCCAGUCGUCAAGGGAAGAGCCCACAAGAGCAAUCCAUGACCAUGCCCCCAGGAGCCCCACAACACUGGAACCAAGAGCCGUCUGGUCAACAGAAUGACAUAUUCAGUCGGCCACCUCCACCAUACCCUGGCCCUGGCACAAUUAGAGGGUCUAUGAGGUUCCCUGGACCAUUCCCAGGGGAUCAGCAAGGACAGUUCCCUGAAGGGCAUUUCUCAGGACCUCAGUUUCCUGGAGAUGUGAACAACAUUAGACAGCUUCCACCCAGGUUUGGGUAUCCCCCUGGAGCUCAGGGACCUCUUAUUGGCCCAAGGAACCACCAAAUGCCUGAACCAAUGAUUGAAGCUCAUCCACAAAUGAGAAGAUCAAUGUCUGUAGAUUUGGGGAAGUCAUUAGGAGGCAACUCCAUGAUACCUCAGCAUUUGCCUCCUCGAGGCAUGCAUGUGCAGCAACACAAUAUAAUGGGGCAACCAUUCAUUGAGCUGAGACACAGAGCUCCAGAGAAUAGACUGCGACUACCAUUCGGACCUCCUGCUGUACAAGGGAGCACCAUGGAGUCACCCUCUCAGCCCCAAAGACCAGGUUUUAUGAGUGGUCCAGAGACAGGGGUUCCCAUGAAUCCAAAUCCAGUGGAUCCUAUGAUUAACCAGACUCAGGGAAUGGCUGGGCAGAUGCAAAUGGCAUUGAGUAUGGAGAACUUGCAGCAGUCCAAUGUGCCAGUAAGAAGUGGGCUUCAGCAAACCCCUCUUAUGAGAUCCAUGAGCCAACCAGCUUCAAGUGAAACGUACACUAGUUCUGUACCUAUGCAUCUUUCUGAAGCACCUGCUGGACAAACCAGUGAGGUCACUAUAUCUAAUGAAGGAGCUGAGGUGAAAUUAGAUACAGAUGAAUCAGCUGUGAAAGAUCUAGAAGAUGUGGAGGUCAAGGAUCUUGUUGAUGCUGACUUGGAGAACCUCAAUCUUGACCCAGAAGAUGGAAAAGACCUUGAUCUAGAAACAAAUGACUUACACCUUGUUGACUUCUUAACCUCUGGGAAAUUUGACAUUAUCGCAUACACUGAUCCUGAACUUGACCUCAGUGAGGACCUUGAUCUUAGUGAUCCUAUGGAUGACCAUACUGACACUUCAGAUUUGCUGAAGGCAGAGUCAGAGAAAAAGAAUGCCAGUUCUGGUGGUGCUUGUUCAUCCACACAUUCCCUAUCAGAAGGAGGGAAAGCUGCAGAGGCACCAGAGCAGUCUGAAGGUCAAAUCAAACAGGAGGUUGGUCUCUGUCAGAGUGUGAUGCCAUUGAAAGAAGAGCAAGAAGUCAAAAAUGAGGUCAAAAAUGAUUUGACUCAAACACAGGACAUGAGUUCUUGCAAAGAUCAGUCGAAUGAAAAUACAGCUGCCACCCAAGCAACUUAUGGAAGUGGCACCGAAGCAAAGCUUUCCCAAACUACUUUACAGGUUCCAAAGACUGGAAUCCAUCCUGAUGCCACUCCAGUGCUUUCAAGUUUGCUUGUCAAGGUGUCACCAGGGGAUGAAUCGCUAAAGCAAGCAGGCAAUGGGCAAACUGUUAUGCAAACCAACCCCACAACACAGACAAACCCAGUGGCAGGGUUGCAGCAGACCGUGAGUUCCCCUACCAUGACACCAGGAUCGUUCUCUCAGCAAGGCAUGAAUACCAGCGUUGUUUCUUCACAUGGACAAAGUUCCCUUGAUAUGUCUGUCCCUAUCCAGGGACAGACACCUGGUCAGAUGAUUUUUGGAAUGGGUCAGCAAGAGACCCUGCUUUCAGGGGAACAGCAACAACCCAGCAAUUUGACACAAGCCCAGCAGGCAUUGCUGUCCCAGCAGGGGCAGCAGAACAGGCCUCUGUUACUGGAAGAGCAGCCUCUCCUUCUGCAGGACCUUCUAGAUCAAGAGAGGCAAGAGCAGCAACAGCAGAGGCAAAUGCAGGCCAUGAUCAGACAGCGCUCCAGUGACUCCUUCUUUCCAAACAUUGAUUUCGAUGCUAUUACUGAUCCUAUCAUGAAAGCAAAGAUGGUUGCCUUGAAAGGAAUCAACAAAGUAAUGGUUCAGAACAACAUGGGAAUGACUCAAAUGGUGAUGAACAGAUUCCAAGCUGGUGGUCCACCAGCCCAAGGGCCACCAUGUCCUGAUGGCAGCAUUCCUACCCAGCAAACAAUUGGACAAGAUGGCAAACUGGCACCCCAUAUGGCAAGGCCCAAUCCACCAAAUUUUGGACCAGGAUUUUCUAAUGAUGCCCAGAAGGCACAGUAUGAGGAGUGGCUUAGGGAGACUCAGCAGCUGCUUCAAAUGCAGCAGAAGUUUCUGGAAGAGCAGAUAGGGGCUCAUAGGAAGUCUAAGAAGGCCCUGUCAGCUAAGCAAAGGACUGCCAAGAAGGCUGGACGGGAGUUCCCCGAGGAGGAUGCUGAACAGCUGAAACAUGUGACUGAGCAGCAGGGUGUGGUGCAGAAACAGCUGGAGCAGAUCCGGAAACAGCAAAAGGAGCAUGCUGAACUCAUAGAAGAGUACAGAGUCAAGCAGCAGCAGUGUAACAUGCAGUCACCUAUGAUGCCUGGGAUACCACCAAUGCAGGGUCAUCCUGGCAUGGUGCCCACAGGUCCUCCAGUGAACCAGCCUCUUAUGACUCCCAUGAUGCCCAUGCAACACCACCCUGGCCAGCCAAAUCCUCCACGUAUGCCCAGCAUGCAAGGUUGGCACCCUGGAGCAUCUCUCCCUCUUGGAGGCCCAAGAAUGCCCACUGCAGUGCCUCCUCAGGCACUCCCAGCUCAGCCUCUGCAGCCUCCAUCUGCUGUGGCAAAUCAUGGGCAGCCAGGAAAUGAGUCUUCUCAUGUAAAUUUUGAUGACACCAACCCAUUCAGUGAAGGUUUUCAAGAGCGUGAGCGCAAAGAACGGUUGCGUGAGCAGCAAGAGAGACAGAGGGUGCAGCUCAUGAAAGAAGUAGAGAGGCAGCGGGCCCUGAAACAGCGCAUGGAGAUGGAGCAGCAGCAAGGCCUGUCACAGAUGCCGUUUUACAACCAGGAGCUGCCCCAGGACUUCAUGCAGCCACACAGGCCUCAGCAGCAACUGCAAGGUCCAGGUUUUCCACAGCAACGACCGGGGCUUGGUGGAAUUCCAUCUGGCACAAUGAUGGCAAAUGGACCAUUUCCACAAGAAGUGGGAUCGGGAUUUGUGCCAGAUAACCCUCCCAUGCAUGGAGUCAACUUUAUUCAGGGACAGCCCAGACCACCUAGAUUCAUGGGCCCAAAUAUGAUGCCUCAAAAUCCAGGAGAAGGGCAUGGUUUUGGGGUGGAAUCUUCAACACCACUGCCUCCAAACUUCCCAGGCUCUGGGCCUUCUCUCAUUCAGCUUUAUUCUAACAUUAUCCCAGAGGAAAAGGGAAAGAAGAGAAGUCGUAAGAAGAAGAAGGACGAUGACUCAGAGUCGGUGAAGGCCCCUUCAACACCACAUUCUGACCUCACUGCUCCACUCACACCCUGUGUCUCUGACACAUCAUCCACACCCACACGGAACCCUCUUCUCUCAGGGGAGCCAGAAGUCUGCGAGUCCUCUCAACCUGGCUCUUCCACCCCAGGAUCAUUAGGCAGUCAGCCACACUCUGAGCUUGAGCGACAGCUCUCAGAAAGCAGCUGUGGAGGGGGAGGUGAUGGUACCUUGGGUCAACUUGACACAUCAGAUAGGAUCCUUAGCAACAUCAAAUUGGAGAAGAUGGAGGCUAGCGAUUGCCAUGGGCCCAAGGGAACAGAGCCAGAGUUAGGUAUGGGCAUGGUUAAGAUAGAGGGAGAGAAGGAAACCAUAUCACCCCAGCUUGCAGGCCAGAACCCAGUCAACAGUUCCAAGGGAGAGGCCGGAAAUGAACUCCUCAAACACCUGCUAAAGUAUAAGGGAGCACCUCCUGGCCUCCCCCACCAGAAAUCCGAGGACAGUCUUCGAUCAGAAGAGGACGGAUCUAUAGACAGUAAGGUUCUCCUGAGGCAGAACUCCUUGGACAGCAAUGGGACUUUCUCAGACUGUCAACUGUCAGGACACCCAGACCUCCCUGGACCUUUAUUACCGGAGCAUGAUAAGAAGAAACAAAGAAACAAGAGGUUGCUUAAGGGCAGUGAGAAACCAGCUCCUCGCUCCAAAAAGAGAAAGAAGGAGGAAGAGGACAAGCAAGCCAUGUUUUCCACACCAGAGCCUGCCAUGACCAAUCUUAAACAGCAACUCUCCCUGUUACCAUUAAUGGAGCCUUUGAUAGGGGUAAACUUUGCCCACUUUGUGCCCUAUGGAAGUGGACAGCUCAAUGGAGAGAGUCGUCUCUCAGGAACAUUUGGAAGUGCUUCAUUAGAUGGUGUUUCAGACUAUUACUCCCAGCUAAUCUACAAGCAGAACAAUCUUAGCAACCCUCCUACACCUCCGGCUUCCUUACCACCCACACCUCCACCAGUGGCUCGUCAGAAACUACUCAACGGCUUUGCCACAACAGAGGAACUGGCCAACAAGGCUGCGGUCAUGGACGGACACGAUGUCUCUAAAGGCCUGCUGCCAAGGCCCCUGCAUGUCCAGUUUAAGGCUGAGGAAGAGCUCCUGGUUCAAGCUCUAGCACAGGGCCCUAAAACUGUUGAUGUGCCAGCUUCCCUACCCACUCCUCCUCACAACAACCAAGAAGAGCUUAGGGGGCAAGAGCACAUUGACGAAAGGGACACACCAGACAGCUUUGUCCCCUCCUCAUCCCCUGAGAGUGUGGUUGGUGCAGAGAUCAGUCGCUAUCCAGACCUCUCAUUGGUUAAAGAGGAGCCACCUUCUCCUGCCCAGUCCCCUGUCAUUCCAUUAUUUCCAUCUUCCAAGGGUAAAGGCCUAGAGGCCAGGCUACGUGAUGUCAAAACUGAGCCCUCUUCAGUAUUCUUUGGUUCACCUUUUGGACCAGCACAGAAUUGUGCAAAUGAUGGACUGGUUUCCAUAGCGAUCACCUUGAAACCAGCAGCCGCUGAGAACAUCACUGAUGUUGUGGCAGCCAUAGCGGACCUCAUUCGUGUGAAGAUGCCUAGCAGUUAUGAGGUCAGCAGUGCUCCUGCAUCACAUGGUGCUCUGGGAGCCUUCAGAGGCUCCAUGCAAGGCCCGGAACAUCGGCCUUCCAAUCUGCUGCAAGGGCCGAGUGGCCAUGGGGGCCAACCAGGAGGUGGUCCAAGGUUCAGCAGGCACCUUGGACUUCAGGAGCCCGUGCAGCAAAAGCAGUUUCCACCAAGUCACCUGACCCUGGGUCCUGCAGGAGCCAGAGAGCAGUGUCAGAAGGGACGUGGCAGCCCUGGGCUGAAGCCUCAAUGGUGUCGUCAUUGUAAAGUGGUGGUUCUGGGAAAUGGAGUGCGAAAAACAAGCAAAGAUCCACCAUCUGACAAAGGCUCACAGGAGGACCAGUUGAGCUCUGGUGACCUGGUAUUCUGCAGCCAUAGCUGUCUCAUUCUUCACUCUUCAUCACAGUCCAAAGCCAACACAGACACCAAGGCAUCUGCUGCCCUUCUUGCUGAGAGCAAACUCAAAGAAAGCCCGUCCAAAGCCCAACAUCAGUACAGCAACAACAUGUCCUCUCUGGAUGUCCACUGCCUGGCCCAGCUACAGCCCAAAUCUCCUCCUCUGUCUCCAAUUCCUGUCCCUGCACAGGAUCCAAAUGAGCCGGUCAAAACAGAAUUGCACUCCAAAUUUGAAGAAAAACCUGACAGUUUCAAAGUCACAGUCAAGCUGAAGCAUCGGAGCCAUGACAGCCACCCUGACAACAAGCCCUGGUAUCAUGGCAAGCGCUGUAAGGGUCUCCGCUGGCGCAAAUGGACUGUUCAGGUGGUGGUGCCCAAGGGUGUUGGACGUACGCCUGAGGAUGAGGCAGAGGUAGAUGAGCUUUUACAAAAGCUGUGUGCCUCGCUGCGUCCCUGCCCAUCCACACGUGACCGCCGACGCUGCUGCUUCUGCCAUCAGGAGGGCGACGGUGUGACAGACGGUCCUGCACGUCUACUCAACCUGGACCUUGACACCUGGGUUCAUCUCAACUGUGCUCUCUGGUCCACAGAAGUCUAUGAGACACAGGCAGGUGCCCUCAUCAACGUGGAGUUGGCACGGCAACGGGGUCAGACACUGGCCUGUGCCUUCUGCCAGCGCAUUGGUGCCACCAGUGGGUGCCAUCGGCUUCGCUGCGCCAAUGUCUACCAUUUCACCUGUGCGCUGCAGGCUGGCUGUACCUUCUUUAAGGAUAAAACCAUGUUGUGUCAUGCACAUCGCCCACGAGGUUCCGCUGGUAGUGCUGGCCUGUAUCUGGAACACCAGCUACGCUGCUUUGCUGUGUUCCGUCGUGUCUACGUGCAACGUGAUGAACUACGGCAGCUGGCGGGAGCUGUGCAGCGACCUGAGCGAGGCCAUACUUUUCGUGUGGGCAGCCUGCUUUUCCACGCAAUGGGCCAACUGCCUGCUGCUCACAUGCCUGCCUUCCACUCGUCCUCUGCCAUCUUCCCACCAGGUUAUGAGGCCAGCCGGCUCUACUGGAGCAUGAGACAUGGUGGAAGGCGCUGCCGCUACAUCUGCUCAGUGGAAGAACGCCAGGGCAAGCCUGAAUUUACCAUCCGUGUCAAGGAGCAAGGUUACGAAGACUUGGUGCUCACAGAUACCACUGCCAAAGGUGUUUGGGAUAAGGUUCUGGGUCCAGUCGCAGAAAGGAGGGCUGAGACGGGAAUGCUCCGCCUCUUCCCUGUCUAUCUGAAAGGAGAGGAUCUGUUUGGCCUCACCGUCUCCGCAGUUACCCGGAUCGCUGAAUCGCUCCCUGGCGUGGAGGCGUGUGAGAGAUACCGGUUCCGUUAUGGUCGAAAUUCUCUACUGGAGCUUCCUUUGGCUGUGAACCCCUCUGGCAGUGCUCGCUCUGAGUUUAGGAACCACCACCAUCAGAAAAGGCCUAAUGCACUGUUCGUGCGGACCAGCAUCUCACUCUCCAUCCAGAACUCUGCUCCACCAGAGGGUGGGUCCGCCCACAGUAAGCACUUUGUCCACUCCAAGUCAUCUCAGUAUCGUCGACUGACCAGCGAAUGGAAGUCUAACGUGUAUUUGGCCCACUCCCGCAUCCAGGGCCUUGGUCUGUUCGCAGCCAGGGACAUUGAAAAGCAGACCAUGGUGAUCGAGUACCUUGGAGACAUCCUACGUAACGAGGUGGCUCUGAGGAAGGAACUGAUUUACAAAGCUAAGAAUCGCAGCGUGUACAUGUUCCGUAUUGACAGCGAACACGUCAUUGACGCAAGUCGCUCUGGAAGUCCUGCCAGGUACAUAAAUCACUCCUGUUCCCCAAAUUGUGUGGCAGAAGUGGUGACCUUCGAAAGAGGCUAUAAGAUUAUCAUUAGCUCCAAUCGCAAAAUUGAGAAGGGUGAAGAGCUAUGCUACGAUUACAAGCUGGCCCAGGUGGACGAUCAGCACAAGAUCCCAUGUCUCUGUGGAGCUGACAACUGCCGCAAGUGGAUAAACUGAGACCUGGUCCCAGCAAAGACUCAGACAACGUUUUCACCACGGUUCACGGGUGCAACUACCAAUCCUGUGAAGACAGAAGAAUUAGAGAUUUAUUUUAUACAAAGGAAGACUAAGGGCCAUGUCUUUUGCCUGUGGUAUGAAGUACUGUUUUUGGUAAAAUGGCAGUCUUAAUCAAUUAUGUUUUCUUUGUGCAAACUGAAGAAGAAGGAAAGAAAAAAAAAGAAAAACAAAGCAAGAACCUGGCAUUGUGUGAGAGCCAUUUUUAUAACUAUCUGACUUGAAAGGAAAGGGUUAAAAGACCUGCAUGUGCCAUGAGAGAGUGUGAGUGUUGGUUCCU